AAGACUACUUGCACUAAACUUUUCAGUGACGUAAAAUUUACCAAGUUAAUCACAUUAAAACAACACGCCUGUUUGGUCUAAUUUCAUUCUCUCUGUAUUUUUCUUUCUCAGAUUUUGAAUGGCUUGUUAUUCAUAAUCAUUUCGAUUUCGAUAGCAAUUAGUGUAGCUUAAAUGGAUGCAAAAAAAUCUGCGAACCACAACUUAUGUCUCCUAAUCAAAAGAAACAAAGCAGUCCAGAUGAUUCGCGCAAAGAAAUCGGCGAAAAGAAAUUGGGGAGACGACCAAUUUUGGGAAAGCUUUUGGCCGGUUUAAUGUGCCUGGCAUUCGUGUCUAUCAACAUCAUAUUCAAGAAAUCGGCCAUUGCUCUUCCCACUUUGUUAUCCUUCCGCGGAGUCACCCAUAUUUUCGCCUUUGCUGCCGUUCAACUUUACCAGGUGCCGAAUCCUUCGGAGGUGUACAAGUCAAACUGGAAAGUACUCGGAAUUCGCGGAAUAAUAAGCGUAGUCGCCAUUGCCACGGGAAUAAUAUGUGUUCAAAACUUGCCAUUGUCAGUAUACGCCGUCAUAUACGAAACAGCGCCUGUAUUUGCUCUAACCAUGAGUGCAAUAAUCUUGAAAGAAUGUCUUCCUAUUUUGGAAAUACUCCUGGGAUUGGUCGCAAUCUUGGGAAUAGUCCUGGUUAUUCAGCCUCCUAUUCCUAUUUUUGAAGUUGCUGAUGCCACUAGGUCGCUUACUACACGUCAAUAUUGGUUUGCACUCUUAAGUAUGGUCGUUCCGUUUUUCAUGAGCACCGCUUUUGUUCUUUUGCGUCAGAUGGGAACCAAAAGCAAACCGGUUCCAAUUUCAGUGACCUCAUUUACAGUGGGAGUCUUGACCUUGGUACUCGGAACUAUCACUCAUAUGUUAUUCGUGGGACCAUCAUGGAUAUCUUGCCUGACACCUGUGCAAUUCGUUUACAUUUGUACGUUCUCUCUUUUAUCUUUUUUCAACCAGUUUGCAAUGUAUUUCGCUAAUAAGUUCGAAAAAACACCGAUCGUUUCUCUAAUUAUGACAUUAAAAGUUCCGAUUUUAUUCGCUGCGGAUCUUUUGCUUUUCCCGGAAGACGUGCAAUCGUACACCUACUUACAAUAUGCUGGAGGAGUGUUGGUUUUUGCAGCUAUUUUUAUGCUGCUAGUCAGUAAUUACUUCAAAGUAGGGAAGAGACUCAACGAAACGUGCAGAGGGGUCGUCACAACAACAGGAAUCGAGUCACAUUCAUUGGAAUCACUUAACUGAGCAAUCAUAUUAUUCAUAUUACUUAUUAAACUGAAAACUAACUCAAACCUAUUAAAAACAUGCAAUUUAGUUAGCUUGAAGCAUUCAGAUUUUUUUUAAAAAAAUAUGUAGCUUGGCUUGUAAAUAAAAAAGUCCCGUA